AUUCCCUUCAUCAUCAUCAUCAUCAUCAUCCUUUUCAUCCUUGACCCUUCCUCCUCCUCCUCACCCGACUUUCUCACCCUUCCUCUUUCCUGUUCGUCCUUCCUCAUCACCACGCUCUCCCGCACUAUUAGAACAUGAUCUAUUCGUCCUCCUCCUCCUCCUCUUCCUCCUCACCCUCCGUUCUCCGCGCGCGCUUUCCCUCCCUCCCUCCCUCACUCUCUCAAACUGCGCGCUGAGUUUCGGAAAUUUUCAGCAGCUCUGGAGGACGCAUUUGAUCCAGAAGUCGGAGGCGCCAGCAGGAGGCUUCCACUGUGGAGUAGACACCGAUCUCGUCCUGAUGUACCUCCAGAACAGCUGGCGUGACAUCUCCGCGUAACCCCACCUCGACCACAUUCACCUGCGACAGACAUGCCCGCUUCUCCUGCUUCCUUAACCACUGGAUGUCUUUAACUCAUCUCGAUAGCUGUUCCCGUGCACAUUCCGAAUCGCUCUUCGUUCCCCGUCCGCUGUCUCCGCUCGCUUUUCUCGCUCUUCCACACUGAGCCAGAAUGAGCGAAUCGCAGGAAGCGAGUUCUCCCGUGGCCGGGAUCGGUGGCCCGGUGGCCUGCGUCACUAAAGUGGAGCUGCGUGUGUCCUGCAAAUCCCUGCUGGACCGCGACACGCUAAAAAAGUCCGACCCCUGCGUCGUCCUCUUAGUGCAGAGUCAAGGCCAGUGGACCGAGCUGGAUCGCACCGAGGUGAUCAAGAGCAACCUGAACCCGGUGUUUGCAAAGGUCCUAAUGUUAGACUACUACUUUGAGGAGGUGCAGAAGCUACGCUUCGAGGUCUACGACAUUCACGGGACCCACAGCAUCGGCACUCGCGAUGAUGACUUCCUGGGUGGGAUGGAGUGCACACUCGGUCAGAUUGUGGCUCAGAAAAAGAUGGUAAAACCACUGCUACUGAAAUACGGAAAAUACGCCGGAAAGUCUAACAUUACGAUUCAUGCUGAGGAAAUUUCUGGCAACAAUGGAUAUGUCGAGCUCUCGUUCUGUGCCAAGAAGUUGGAUGAUAAGGACCUCUUCAGCAAGUCCGAUCCGUUCUUGGAGAUUUAUCGUGUGAACGAUGACAGCACAGAGCAGCUUGUACACAGAACAGAAGUGAUCAAGAACAACCUGAACCCUGUGUGGCAGCCGUUCAAAGUCUCCCUCAUUUCCCUGUGCAGCUGUGACGAGGACAGGAAGUUAAAGUGCCUGGUGUGGGAUUAUGACUCGAGAGGGAAGCACGACUUCAUCGGCGAGUUCUACGCUACGUUCAAAGAGAUGCAGCAAGCUUCUGGAGGAAACAAGGUCACAUGGGACUGCGUGAACCCAAAGUACAAAGUGAAGAAGAAGAACUACAAGAACUCUGGCCUGGUCAUCCUCACCGAUCUGAAGCUCCACAGAGUUUACUCCUUCCUGGACUACAUAAUGGGAGGAUGCCAGAUACACUUUACAGUUGCCAUCGAUUUCACGGCAUCAAACGGAGACCCCCGCAAUAGCUGCUCCCUCCACUACAUCAACCCGUACCAACCCAACGAGUACCUGAAGGCUUUGAUAGCUGUGGGUGAGAUCUGCCAGGAUUAUGACAGUGACAAAAGGUUCUCAGCUCUGGGCUUCGGCGCACGAAUUCCACCCAAUUACGAGGUGUCCCAUGACUUUGCCAUCAAUUUCAAUCCAGAUGACGAUGAAUGUGAAGAGAUUCAGGGGGUGGUAGAAGCUUACCAGAACUGCCUGCCCAAGAUCCAGCUCUAUGGACCAACUAAUGUGGCUCCUAUAAUCAGCAGAAUAGGCAAGCAAGCAGGGAAGGAGCCCAUUAAAGACGCAUCCAAAUACCACAUCUUGCUGAUCCUCACGGACGGCGUCGUGACCGACAUGGCGGACACGCGGGAGGCCAUCGUGCGCGCCUCCUACCAGCCUCUGUCCAUCAUCAUAGUGGGUGUGGGGAACGCCGAUUUUACCGACAUGCAGAUCCUGGACGGCGACGACGGUGUCCUGCGCUCUCCGAAAGGAGAACCCGUCCUGAGGGACAUUGUCCAAUUUGUGCCCUUCAGAGACUUUAAAACGGCGUCUCCCGCUGCACUGGCGAAGUGCGUCUUGGCCGAGGUGCCCAAGCAGGUCGUCGAGUACUUCAGUCAUAAGGCCAUUCCUCCCAUGCACCCUGUUUUAGACUCGACGCCUAGCCCCAUCGCCAACACCCCAGAUUAACACGUCUACCCGAGUCCCGACCUCCGGUCAGUCCCUUCACACCUCCGAGUACAAGAUCUGAGAAAACCACCUCCACAAACACUCCAUUGGCAUUUCCGUUUCCUUGUUUAUACAUAACAUGUUUACACAGAAAGAGGAUUAGUUCUUCUUGGAUCGUGUCCUGUGUUUGGAUUCAUGCCCACAUCUUCAUUAUCUGUGCUGGAAUCUUCGCCACCACAGUUCCAGACCUCUGACACCCCGAUGCCAGCUCUCACACACCCCCCCCCCCAGCCCCACCCCCACCCCGCCAGCUCUCUGCAACUUCUCCGCCAAGGCCAUCUCUUAACUCUUAAUUCUUAAUAAUGUUUUUUUGUUUGUCUGUUUGUUUGUUUUUUAAAAUCCUGUGCCUUGCAGGAAAUUUUCAGUGUCUUCUCUGCCUGCCUGCCCACUGUGCUUAUCUUCUUGGCUCCUGAUUUAUUUAUUUUUUUCCUUGAGGCUUCUCGCCGGAUUAUGUGCUGGGAGAAUGGACGAUCGUGCUCAUUACUUGAGAUUUAUAAAGGUAUAACCGCUGACGGCUGGUCACGAUAUCUGUAACUCAGCAUUACUGUUGAAAAUGAAAGCAUUAUGGUUGAGCUUUAUAGUACGGGAUCUCGUCAUAAGCAUCAAUCUACACAGGAACACGGGGAAAACAAAAGCUACGCGUGCCAUUAGCCUGGUCUGUUUUUCAAACCACACAAAAAUGAUGUCGUUUGUACUUUUAUUGGACAAUCCACCUUGUUUGUGUUUAUUGCACCCACAGCUGUAUUCCAUAUGCACUCUUUCAGUCACUGCUAAUGACGUGUUAUGGAUGUGCCAGUAGAGCGGGCUUAACAAAUGAUAUAAAGCGCCAAUCCACAUGAAAUCUAGGGGAUGUGUCAAUAUGUGGAAUCACAGUCUGGGCUAGAAAGAAAUCAGCCCCAGACACAAGGACCAAUGCUUGCACAGUUGUGCUUGGUUCUACGAAAAUAAUCCCAAAAAAAAGCAAAUCAGGAUGCAGAAGCCAAAAAUCUAAAAAGUCAUAUGCAUUUUUCCUUAACCAAAAGAAAAGGGCUUAGCCCAACUACCACAUUUAUAUCAGCCGACCUUGAAGGUAUCUUUAUAUAUCUUAUAUAUAUAUAUAUAUAUAUAUAUAUAUAUAUAUAUAUAUAUUAGGAGAGGAUCUAUUAUGUAUGGAGCCCCGUUUCUGCCAUGGAGAAAAAAAAUGUAUUUGCGACUUCAUGUCUCGCAAUUCGGACGUUUUUCCCCACAAAAGAGUUCAUAUCGCACGAAUUUGGACUGUUUCUCGCAGUUAUGAAUGCACAGCUCACGAUUCUUACCCGUAAUUGUGCGCGAUGACGUCAAAAUUGUGAGGCGUAAACUCAACGUCGUGAGGAAAAAGUUGGAAUUGCGACCUAUAAAGUGAGAAUUGUGCGAAAUAUAGUCGCCAUGACCUUUUUAAUGAUCCUGUUUUUUUCUCCCCUCUGCGGCGGAAACGGGCUUCCACACGGUCCGGUGUUGAAGGAAUCGGAAUAUUAUUAUCGUGGUCAAGGGAUCCUGUUACGUGUUUCGUCCGUCAUUUCGUGAGCUUUUUUGCUCCCGUGAUAAUCUUGUCAUUUUGCGAGUGCGAACCGCGCUGUGAAGUUAAAGACGUGAAAAGGGAGGACUCUAAGAAAAAGUUGUUUUUUUAAUCUCCUUUAUAAUAUGAUAUGGAUUAGUUGCAACUUUUAAGAACUCUGCAGAUUUUCAAAUCAAAUUUUGUUUCAAUUUAAUUUCUUACACUGUUAGAACCUCAACGGGUUCUUUGGAAGAUGAAGAGUUUGUGUCUCGACUGAAGCCUGAACCUAUGUACAGUCGGAUAUCGAUGGACUAAACGUUGACUCUUUAGGGUCACGAACACCACUGCCAGGUCUUUUUUUAAAACCUAAUUCAUCAUAUUAAGCCUACAUAGACAUACGCAGAAUUGAAAGAAUGCAACGAUCGUACCGUCAAUCCAACGGUCCGUCUUUUGAACGCCGAUGUGGAUACGCACUGAACUAAUCUACUGAAUAUUUCAUCCGUAUGAUCCGUGUGUGUACGCAAUAUCGCUAUGAUAUAAAAGGCCGUAGAAGGUUUAUAAUCGUUUACGUUCACAAUGAGCAAAUUCAGCAUUCAGUACUCAUAUUGUUGUACAGUAUGCACUACGGGUCAAAAAGUUUAGACGCACUCAUUCUUUAUUUUUCUUGACUUUUUGCACAUUUUAGAAUAAUAAUAACGUCAUCAAAACUCUGGAGUAACAAAAUGGGACUAUGGGAAUUAUGUUGUGAUAAAAAAAAAAAAAAAAAAAAGAAGAAGAAAAAAAUCCAAAUUAAAUUGCAAUCAUUUUAAGAAUUUACGGAAACGUAUUCUCAGCGUUUUCUCUCCCGAUCUCUUGAGGAAUUUCCCUGAGAUGAUUUUGAAACAGUAUUAAAGGCGUUCCCACCGACGCCGGGCUCUUAUCGACGGCUUUUCGGAAUAUUUCGCUCCGAGUCGUCCGUUUAAAAAAAAAAAAAAAAAAAAAAAAAAAAAAAAAAGGUAAAUAAAAUGUCCGUUUUCUAAUGAAAGACGUGAAGACGUCGGCGCGAUUACGUUUCUGUCUACGACACCGAUGUCAGACAUUCAGCCACACACCUUCAGAUCAAAAGGUUUUCAAGAUCGUGAGGAACGUUUCGGUCGGGUGUCCACAAACUUUUGACCUGUAGUGUAUGUUGCAGAUGGAGAAAAAGCGUUUAUCAGCUGAAACUGUGUGAAUGGAAACACUUCUUCGUGAAUAAGCAGACUGAAUAAGCAGGAACGGUCUAUUAAUAGAAUCGGGGCAGUGUGCUGUACAUUAUUCGGUCAGGACUCUAAAGGUCAAUCUGAGCUGAUUGUUUCAGUUAAUUGGUGAAUAAACUCUAUGCAUGUUAAUAAGUGACCUCAGAGCGGUGGUGGUGGUUAAAAAGGGAGAAAUUAUUCAUCUUUAACAAUUCAUAUUAAUGAUAUGCGGCUUCAAGGACCACACAAGGAACGUCAAUAGGUAGGAAGGCGUGUAGAUUACACGAAGGGCGACCGAUGCGUGAAUUACGUCAAGAAUUAAACAUGACGUGACGUCGUAGGAAGAUAAUCAGUGAUGAAAUCGAUGCUCCUCCUAGUAUAGUAAACGUUUUUGUUCCUCUUAUACCACAGAGACCAAUUUGGCAGUUUUGUACAGUGUUAAUUAAAGAAUCAGACAUCGUAUUUUUUACCCGCUUAGAGUUACGUUUAAUGUCGUGGAACAUCCGAGAACCAAGUCAGUUCCUGUCGUCAUUCCCUCACUUUCUCUUGUUAGUUAAUAAGACGAAAAUAAAAUGCAGCUUGUUACUGAGAAACCACAAAAACGCGACGUCCGUAGACUUUCCCGUGGCUGAAAAAUUACCGACUGUUACAAAGUACUGACACUGGAGACUCCUUCCAUAAAUGUUUAAAAGUCUCCUUAGAGAAAACUUCACCAUGUCCACUAUUAUACCUUUUUUUUUUUCGUUGUUAAAUAACAAGACAUUUUUAAAAAUAUGUUUAUUAUUAGACUUAGAUUAUGUAGGACGUCCACCGUGCAAGUCCCAGUGAAUGAGCUGUUACCAUGGAAACAAUAAUAUAUCAGACACAUUAGAGUUAAGUCCGCAUCGGCAGGAUUCGACACAGAGACGUCUGACACGCGUCGUUAUUCAGACUUCAGACGGAAGAAGAGACUUAAGCUCUAUUCAGAGAGUUAUGUGAAAGCUGAGGAUAUCGUCAUACCAUCAUCGCGACAUCAUCUUAGUCUAUUUUUAAGUUUUUGUUUUAAAUGGUCUCAUGCUUGUACACAUUUUUUGUGUGUGUUUUUUUCUUUUCAAUCUUACCUUGUGUUUAAAAUGGUGUCUAGACACCAUUUUAAAAAUCCCCGUCCAACUCAAGAAAUAUCUGGCAACCUUCUGGGUGGUACUAAGUGCAGGUAGUUUCAAUAAUCCGAAUGAACAGCCCAGAAAAAUCGACUCGAGCGGCUGCGUAGACUGACUCUGAAUACGCGCAACUUUCCGUGCAGGAGUAUUCACGUGACUUUUGGACUUUUGCACCAAAUUUGAAUACGGCUUAUAGAAAAUUAAUUUUGAGAAAAUAAGCAUUUCGGUAUAAAGUAAUAUAGCUGAAAAACCACUGUAAUGCCUUUCAAUUUUUCAGUAUAUUAAGAAUUAUAUAAUAGCGAUGGAUUGGCACCCUGUCCGGGGUGUACCCCGCCUCGUGCCCGAUGCUCCCUGGGAUAGGCUCCAGGUUUCCCCGUGACCCUGAAAAGAAUUAAGCGGUAUAGAAGAUGGAUGGAUGGAUGGGUAAUAGCUAGGGGUGUAACAACUAGACGAUUUGGAUUAAUGUAUUGAUUUACAAGGCGAAGAAUGAAAUGCAUCGAGGAAACAAUCACUAAUUGAAUAUCGAACCAAUAAUUGAUUAUAAAUCGGUUCAUUAUCAAGAAAGGACAGCCAACCUGUGUGGAAAAAGUCAUUCGCAUGUGAUGCGUAAAUAUGCUAGCAAAGUGAUUUGCCCGUAACUCCGACUGAUUUAAAAUAGUCCUUCUCUACAUCAUCCUCGUUCCCAAUUUAACGGCAGACCUAUACCCCAGAUUUUGAACACGUUCCGGUCACUUAUUGAUCAGAGGCUACUAUUUGUAUCGAAUCGUAGCAGAUUCAGGUAUCAUCAAGCGACAAAUUGUUGCCUAUGAUUCGAAAUGGUAUCGUAUAAUAGUAUAGAAGAUUCAACGGUAUCGUAAAAUAUCCAACUCUUGCCUUAAGAUUCGGAAUCGUAUCGUAUCGAUUCUCACGCCUGACGUUUACACUCCCGAUAAUAACCGAGCUGCUUUCACCAGUAGACAUUGGUGGCCGUUAUAAUGAGUCUUUUAUCGGUCAGGUAUACAUUACAGAACAGUGAAAUUCUUUUCUUCACAUACCCCGGUGUGUUAGGAAGUUGGGGUCAGAGCGCAGGGUCAGACAUGAUACAGCGCCCCCUGGAGCAGAGAGGGUUAAGGGGAUUGUUCAAGGGCCCAACAGUGGCAGCUUGGCAACGCUGGGGCUCGAACCACCGACCUUCCGGUCAGUCACCCAGACCCUGGCAGUGCUGGCCCGCACUGUUUUUUUUUUAACCAUCCAAUACAGUAACACCUGUCUCUAGAAUGGACUCGUGGAUGCGUUUCCAUUAUAAAAGAAUCGUACAUCUCGGAUUGCGUGAAGAAUUUGGUCUAGACUUGUGACGUAAUUGUGACGCACUUCACAACUUAGUUAAACAUCUCAGUAAAAACCAUCCAGGGUGUUAUUCAGAUGAAAAUCCAGAGUCUUUAUGAAAGCUAGAAAAUGCUCUCGCUUUAUAUUUCCCAGUGCAAUUUAGAGGAAAAAAACCUCAAUGAAACUAUGGUUUUAUUUGAAGGUAAUUUAUCCGUCCAAGCCCAUACGGGACUUCAUGAAUUCAGUAACAGUCAACCAUUUGUUCGUCCUAUGUGUACUGUUGAUCUGAAACGUGAAUGAAUGGAGUCUGGGAUAGGUUUUUUAUUUUUCCCAAACAAAAUCAACCAAAUAAUGUGUUUAAGCCCAAAGCGGUGCUUUCAUGACUGAUCACAUCUCAUCUCAUCUCAUCUCAGCGCUCCAUAUUGUUGUCAGGACUUAAUAUUUGUUCAAGAAUUUCCUUCUAAAAAUGACUCAAAUACAUGUUUGAUAUUGAUUUCUUUACUUGGAUAUGUAUAUAGUCAUACAGAGUCAUACAGAUUUCUAAAACAUACUCAUGCUACAUGACUAUCAUCUUACGCUGGCGCUCCAGAUGGCAGAACCGUAGACCAACAAAGCUUUACAGAACGUUCUUUUGUUUUUUUUGUUUGUUUUUUGCUUUUGUACAUACACAUAAACAUCUGUCGAGUGCCGCAUCGCCCGGAGUUGCUUUAAUUUGCGUGUAUCGGUGUGUAUGAUCGAUUGCACACCACUGAGUAGAGCAUGCCACUUUACUUUUAUCUCAUGAACUCACGGGGUUCAGUGCAGCUCCGUGCUUAACGCAGUACGUAUGCAACCGGACGGAUGUAAAUAACGGCGGGGCGGACUGUACGGAAACGCUUAAUUACUCAUUACCGAAGCAACACGUUUAGAGAUAUCGCUAGGUGGAGUUGUACAGUACGUCGCAUUUGAUUAUACUAACAGCGGUUUGCUUAUUUAUUUGUUUGUUGAUGAAUUUAUUUAUUCGUUUGUUCUUUUAUUCACAGCGUAUUUAUUUCUUUGGAUUUCUGAAACUUAUCGAUUCAUGGAUGAAUUCAUUCAUUUAUUUGGUGAGAUUAUGUAUACGUUAUUACAGGGUUGUGUUGCAUGGGCACCGGAUCCUUUCUGUGGCGAUGGCGCUGAUCCUCCAUGAAUAAUUUUGUACACACACACACACACACACACACACACAAACAAUCCCCACCCCCAGCAGGGAUACGCUCGGUUCUCUGCUUCCUCCUUUCCCCAAGCGGCAUCAGCACGCAGAGCCCCGAGAGUCGCCGACAUCCGCACAGAACCGUGGCGUAUGAAAUCAAAAGUCCAUUAGAACGAGCUCUUCUCGGCCCACACGAUAAACGUCGAAAAAUCAGAAUGCGCUGCUGAAAUGAAAUCAGGCUUUAAUUGUAUUUCGGUGUAUAACUAACGGCCGUGCCCCUCCUCCUUAUUGGAUUAAGGAAAUCAUUUUACUGCUUAAACACAUUUUCUAAGAAAUCUCCUGUCUUUCUGCAGGUCUUGAGUUUUCUUCACUGGAAAUCUUGGUUUUGAGAGCACUGUAAAUCACUGCAUGCGUUACUCGGUGUGGAAUGUGUCGUUUGUUUCUUUGGAGUAUUACGUGGUGUGAGGCGACUUUGUCUUUGCCUCCUGCAAUGCUACUCUUGUACCGUGUGCUUCUAAUCCUGCAUCAAGGCCAAUAAACCUGUCGA